AGGAGUCUAGCAGUAGCAGCGCAUUGCAACGCAUCGGAGCGUCGUGCUUUCAAAAUUGGGCUCCAUUUAUUCCAAAGCCUGCAGCAAGCAGACAAACAGAGGGAGUGGUAGAGAGAGAGAGAGAGAGAGCAGAGAGAUGGGUUCCAUGGCGCUCCUCCGUUCCCUGGCCUGCGUCCUCGUCCUCCUCUGCUCGUCGCUCGGGGAAGCGAACGGGAUGUAUCGUAGAGCCGGCGGCGCGGAGGGGGAGGAAGCGGGAAGCAGGGUCGCCGGCGGCGCCCGCGGCGGCGUCAGGAGCGCGUGGCCGGGGUACCUCUACACCAGAGCCGUCGGGCGAUGCACGCCCCAGUUCUGGAGCAGCGGGGCUGAGCAAUGGCCCAACAUCGUGCCCCAGGAGGCGGCGGUGUCCAAGGUGUUCGGGUCCAGGUCCAUGGACAAGUACGGGCCGCGGCUCACCCUGCUGGAGGCCACCAUGAGGACCGACGACGUGGGCAGCCCCUUCGUGAAGCUGGUGAAGCACGGCAGCGCGGCGCUGAUCAACGCCUACACGCGGACGGGCUUCCCCUUCGACUCCUGGGAGGUGAAGGCGCUGCUGCUGGAGGCGCUCGUCUCCGAGGACGCCGCGGCCGCCCAGGCCGAGCGGUUCCAGCAGGCCAACGAGUCGUGCGUCUGAAUCCCAUGGUAUGUAUCAACAGAAAUGCAGAAUGGUACGUGUUGUAGCAGCGUGUUCGUGGUAGGUCACCGCUUCUGUGACUUGGGAGGGAGAUCUCAAGCAGUGCUCCCAUUGGCGGUUGGUAUGUGUUCUUGGUCUCUUGGAUGCCUACGGGAUGUUUGAAAUGGUGAAGUGUGACUUGCACUCGCGUGUGUUUGUGCAAUUAAUGUACGUAGCCUGUGGCUGUAGUAGUGUCUGCGUGUGUCGUCGUGCAAGACUGCGAUCUGGUUGGAUGGAUGGAGCGUUUCAUGUCGCCGUGUCGCGUUUCUAUGCUGCUAAUGACUUUUUACAAGGAUUGUCUUUCGUU